AUGGAAACCACUAAAGGUAAGCCAAUCUUUAUUUACGCUGAAUAUGCUUAUAUUGUUGAUAAAACAUCGGGUGAUAAAACAAUAUGGUGUUGUGAUCGAAAACGUCAUGGGCAGUGCAGAGGAAGAAUACAUACAAUUAACGACAAUGUCGUUUUAUCAAUCGGCGAACACAAUCAUGAGCCAAAAGCGGAGGCAGCUGAAAUGAUAGCGAUAAGAACGCAAAUGGCCAAUGAAGCAAAAAUGACAAUUAGUCGGGAUGCAAUCGUAAUUCCAGAUGAAUUUACAAAAACAAUUGCAAAUCGUACAUUUUUACAGCAUGACUCGGGGUUGAAAGAUAAACAGAUGUUAAUUUUCGCCAUAAAAAAGCAUCUCGGAAUAUUGGAACGUUCAACAACUAUCUUUCUCGAUGGUACAUUCUCCGUCGUUCCGGGCUUGUUUUUUCAAUUAUAUACAAUUCACUGUGAUUAUAUGAACCAUGUUUUUCCAAUGAUUUAUGUUCUGCUUCCAGCGCAACCGGAAGUAUAG